GAGGAAGAAAUUUUUUUUGAAACGGAGAGAUAUUAAAUAUUUCUGGAAUAAUACUCCUGAAAAAAGUGAUUAUGAGGCUGUAGAAGCCCUUAUUUCUAUGAGUUGCAACUGGAAAUCAGACAUCAAAAAACAUGCAGAAAUGAGACCUAUAACUCCAGCAUCUGAUAUGUCAGAAGAGAGUGACGAGACUUUGCUUCCCGGAGCAGCGGACUUCAGUGUGAUACCAGCAUUUUGCCUGACCCCCCCCUACAGCCCUUCUGACUUUGAGAUGUCGCACCCAGGGCCCCCGGCUGCCGUGCCCAGCAGGUCUUCAGCCGAGGCUGCCAAGGCUCUUCCAGCCAUCCCUCCAAAAGCUCAAGCCACCAGUGUUAUCCGUCACACAGCUGACGCCCAGCUCUGUAACCACAAAACCUGCCCGAUGAGAGCGGCCAGUGUGUUGAAAUACCAGGACAGUAUUUCGAGGGAAAUAAACAGCAAAGAAAAUGCUGAAGCAGAACAUUUGGCACGUUCCGCCGUGGUGCCGAGCAGAGCCAGC